GGUGGAUGCACAUCAUCUUUGGCUGCAGUUGUGUCUACUGAGAAGUUUGCUGCUGGCGGCUGCUUUCUGGCGUCCCAGCGGCAGAGGCAAUUACUGCUUCAGUUUUCUGGCUAAUACUUGACAGAACUCUCCUGUCACUUGUUUCAGCUCACAUGAGGCUGGGUAGCACAGGCUGCUUCAGUGGUAGGUCUUUGCUAACUCAAGUUAGCAGCUAGGUUAUGUCUUGGAAGUUUCAACAAAGGAAAUAGUAUGGUAUGUCUCUAGAAAAUAUUUGCUAACUCAAGUUGGCAGUGUUUGAGUGAAUGAUCAGAGAUGCUGCAUAGAUAGCUCAGUGCAUGAAGCAGAGAGGAUGAUGAUGUCUGAGAGGUAAAAGGCACUGGUGGUAUCAAGCAUCUGGGAACAUUCUGCAGCUGGUGCACUUGGAGCCAUAAGAAAACUGGUGGCUACACUGAUACGUUGCUACUCUGUGUGUCUGAAGUGGACCACGUCGGUUCAGUGGUUUGAUUAAACCAAAGGCUCAAACACGAAAAUGGAGUGUCAAAAAAUAAUCAAUUUUGGAAACCAGCUUCUUCGUCGGAAAAACGUGGACUGCACUCGAGAAGACAGUCGGCUCUCACGAUGCCUCAACACAUUUGACUUAGUGGCUCUGGGUGUAGGCAGCACUUUGGGUGCAGGUGUCUAUGUACUGGCUGGAGCCGUGGCCCGGGAAAAUGCGGGACCUGCCAUCGUUAUCUCCUUCUUAAUUGCCGCUUUGGCUUCAGUGCUGGCUGGACUCUGCUAUGGAGAAUUCGGUGCUCGAGUUCCUAAGACAGGAUCAGCUUAUCUCUACAGCUACGUGACUGUGGGCGAGCUGUGGGCCUUCAUCACAGGCUGGAAUUUAAUCCUCUCCUACGUUAUCGGAACUUCGAGCGUGGCCAGAGCCUGGAGCGCAACAUUUGAUGAAAUCAUAGGCCAGCACAUUGAAGAAUUUUGUAAAAAAUACAUGACAAUGGAUGCUCCUGGAGUGCUAGCAAAAUACCCAGACAUCUUCGCUGUGGUGAUAAUCAUCAUCCUAACAGGGCUUUUAAUUUUUGGUGUGAAGGAAUCUGCCCUGGUGAACAAAGUGUUCACCUGCAUCAACAUCCUCGUCCUUGGCUUUGUCAUGGUCUCCGGCUUUGUGAAAGGGUCUAUUAAAAACUGGCAGCUGACCGAACAAGACAUUUACACCAACAGCAGCAUUUACAGAAACAAUCAAACACAGGAGGAAAAGGUCUAUGGUGUCGGAGGGUUUAUGCCCUAUGGAUGGAAAGGAGUCCUGUCAGGGGCAGCCACGUGUUUUUAUGCUUUCGUGGGAUUUGACUGUAUUGCUACUACAGGCGAGGAGGUAAAAAACCCUCAGAAGGCUAUUCCUAUUGGCAUUGUGGCAUCUCUGCUCAUCUGCUUUGUGGCUUAUUUUGGCGUGUCAGCUGCCCUGACGCUCAUGAUGCCUUACUGUGAGCUGGAUACCAAUAGCCCUUUACCCAAUGCCUUUAAAUAUGUCGGUUGGGAUGGAGCCAAUUAUGCAGUGGCUGUCGGUUCCUUGUGUGCACUUUCUACGAGUCUCCUUGGCUCCAUGUUUCCAAUGCCUCGAAUAAUUUAUGCUAUGGCAGAAGAUGGACUUCUCUUUAAAACUUUGGCUAAAGUCAAUGAGAAGAGAAAAACUCCAGUAAUUGCAACAGUGACAUCAGGGGCCAUUGCAGCUGUUAUGGCCUUUCUCUUCGACUUGAAAGAUCUUGUGGAUCUCAUGUCCAUCGGGACCCUCCUAGCUUACUCCUUGGUGGCAGCCUGCGUGUUAGUACUGAGGUAUCAGCCAGAGCAGCCUAAUUUGGCAUACCAGAUGGCUAGGACAACAGAGGAGACAGAUAACAAUGAGUCUGUGAGCACCAGUGAGUCACAGACAGGAUUUCUGCCGGAGGAAGAGGAGAAAUGUUCCCUCAAAGUCAUACUGUGUCCCCCAAAUUCAGACCCUUCCAAAUUCUCUGGCUCGGUGGUGAACGUCUCAACCUUCAUCAUUGGUUUCCUUAUCGUGGGUAGCUGUAUCCUCACUGCCCUUGAGCCAAGCAUUCUGAUAAAGGCUGUAUGGAUUAUUGCUGCCAUCCUUGUUCUCAUUGUCAGCUUCAUUAUAUGGAAACAGCCUGAAAGCAAAACCAAGCUCUCCUUUAAGGUACCUCUUUUGCCCCUUCUUCCUAUUGUGAGUAUUUUUGUGAAUGUUUACCUCAUGAUGCAACUAGACCUAGGCACAUGGAUACGGUUUGCAGUCUGGAUGCUCAUAGGCUUUAUCAUCUACUUCGCCUAUGGAAUAUGGCACAGUGUGGAAGCCACCUACGCGGCCUCAGCAGAUGCAGAGAGAAACACGGAUGCUGGUUCGGACAGCUCUUUUAUGGCAUAUAAUAGCAGCACGUAGAAGAAGAGGAAGUCCUGAUGGGGGUAAUUUUUCUUCAGUUGCCUUUCCUCUGAGAAGGUUCAUAGGAAAACCUUUCUGUCACUGGAUUUGGUAUUUAAAUGUGCCAUUACCUGUACCUGUACCAGCUCCAGAGCCACCGCUGCAAAUUUGCUAGUGGAGGUGAGGAUCCUUAGCCCCAUCUCUUCCACUCCUCCAUCAUGACUUCUUCACCCAUCAGUUCCUUGUUGGCAGGUGCUGCCAUCUCUUUGUUGCUACUCACCAGAUACAGGGAGGUGGAGGGAGCCUGCAGCCCUGCGCAGUGACAGGGAAGCGAAGGUGUCUCCGUGGCUCUCUGUCUACCUGCUUCCCCUGUGUCCAGCUGGACCUGGGGACCUCCUGGCCUCCUCUUGGUGCUACUUGACCCCGGGAGUAGACUGCUGGGGAGGUGAUGAGUUUGAUGCAGCUGUGUACACCUGCUCCAUCCCCUCCUGGCUGCAUCCACACCUUGCUUGCACAUUUUGUAAGCUAAAAGGCAACAUUUGACUGCCUCUAGGACAACAUCAAGGACUUUGCUGAAUGGGUGUUUUUUUAGGUUGGUUUUUUUUUUUUUUUUUUUUGUAUCCUCUGCCUCCCUGCUGAUGUCUGCAUGUAACAUAGAUCAAGCGAGGUAUCUUUGAAGACAUGCAACUGCUGCUAUAACCCUGCUAUUGUGGAUGAUAUGCCUUCAUUCAUUUGAGCUUUCCUUUGUAAAUAGUUCAGUUGUUAUAUUAUUACAAGAAUAUUUUGUACAGAUGCAGAGCAUUUUGCUGUAUGAAGAGGUGGGAAUGGAGACGCAAUGCAUUUGUUUGGCGUGAAAAUAGAUCCUUUUCUGCCAAAGUUGACAGACGUAGUAAAAACGGCCUCCCUGAUCUUCCAGGGCAGGCUCUAGCCCAAAGGACUGACCUUGUUUCAGCGUGUUUGGUUGUGCCCAGUCUGUUCGCUUCAGAGGAGACCUCCGGGGAAGCUGUUGGAAGGGUCCUACUGACUGCCAGUGCAUGGCGGGUGGAGGUGAGCAGCAUGGGGGCUCCAGUUUGCAGUUACAGAGCAAAUCCAGAUACAUAGCCAGCCAGCCUUUCCCAAUGGAAAAUUGCUGUCAAAACAGCUUUUUUUUUUUUUUUUUUAAAAAAAAAAUGUUUUGUGCAAAAAUGACUAGCUUUUGCUUAUUUGCUUAUAACUUUCAUUCUUUGGGCACUGAAAAUCAUUACCAGAUGGGUUUCGGCUUAAUUUCUCCCUUUUCCUGUCCCUUGGGGUGGAGUUUGCCAUCGGUUCGAGCAUUGAGCGGCUGUGCUGAGUGUCAGGCAGCUCUGCAGUGUGAGGGGGUGCGGGGCUGUCCCCCUGCCCGCCAGCCCCAUCUGGGCAUCGUGGAGGGCAGUGCGUGCUGCAGGCAAAGCGCUGCUGGUUUGGAGCCGUUUGUGCUUGAUCGUGACAGGGUAGGGGGGGCUGCAGGGCACGGUGCUGGCAAAAACACUGCUGGUGCUGACACCACGCAUUGCUGUCUGUUGCCAGGGUUUUAGAAGAGUGAAGGUUUAGGUGGCAGUGCUUGCUGUGGACACUUGCCCUUAGUCCAUCCUAGAUGAAAACAAACUCCUAUUCAUAGUGUACAGAGGGUGCCUGUCACUGCCUGCUGCCUCCAUUUGUACUAACUCAGAGACCAGAAAGCAAUAUGAUAGUAUAUUUGUAUUUGUAAAAUCUGCUUCUUUACUGAUUGCAUUUUAUAUACUCAUGAAUUCCAGUGGGAUUUCUUAAAAUUCUCCUCCCAGAAAGCUGCAUACAAGUGAGCAUUACUGUCCUCUGCCCAAAGGAAGGAAGGGGAACAGACAGGACUGUUAGGCUGGAGGGCCUUGCUUUGAAGGGGAGGAGCAGAAGUGGUGCAGGUUUUCAUGCAGCCAGCUCCUCUGUGGUCCCUCCCCUGCAGCCUCUCAACACCCUCCCCUUUCAAAGGAAGCCUCUUCUGUCUGGCAGAGAAAACAUCUCCCUUUCUAAACCCUUGGAUAUCUAUAGAUGCAUCCACUGGGCCCGACAUUAAGGGCAGGUUCUGUUUCUUCCUUCCCCUUAUCAAAAACUUGCACUUGUUUAAGGCUAAAUCUAUAUGUACACAGUGAGCCAACACUUGCUGCCCUCACAGCCACCUCCCUGUCAGCUGGUGGGCACGCCAGCAUCCCAAAAGUGAGCUGAAGGCCAAGCACCUUGCUGGUGCCAUCAGUUGCUGCCGCUUGCCUCGUGGUUUAUCAUUCAUUUCCACUCGGGCAGUGAUGCCUCCCCCAUAAACCCUGCCCCGGCUGCCUUAACGCUCUACGUUAUGGUUGCCACUGGGGUCCCGUGGAGUGUCUGACACCCAGCUGGAAACCAGAUGAUCCUGGAAUGUCUCUGCUAGCAAGAGCCAGACCUCGAUUUUUCUCAGGGUAUUUGCUCCUGGCUCACACUGUGAGACGUGAGGUUCGUCUGAGACCUGGCAGGCUCCAGGCAGUGAGAGGCACCUCUCCUUCUUGACGUGGCAGGGCAGUGUCACUUGUGGUUUUGGGACAACAGUGGGAAGCAAAGGGUUCCCUUGCAGCACAUUGUGCCUUCCAGCUGUGCUGGGUGCAAGGAGCAGGAACCGCUGGCAGCCUGGAGGCAGUGUGCUAGGAAACCUAGCAUGAGUUUGGGUCAUGUCAGGAAAGAGAUUUUUUCUGACUGAAGCCAUGGAAAGUCUGUAUAUUUUUAUUUUUAAUUAUUAAGCAAAAUGUAAAUACAUUUCUGUUUUCUGUUUGAUGGUCUAUUUUCCUAAUGAUUUCUGAGAAUUUCUUACAGGCAUGAUAAAUGGUUUCAUUGCUUGUUCUGCAAGCAAAUCUAUUUUUUAUCAUUUUUAUCUUUGUUUUGGUCUUUGGUUUGAUUUUUUUGUUUUGGGGUUUUUGGUUUUGUUUUUGUUUUUGUUUUUUUUUGACUGAGUUCAUGUAGCGAUUAAAGCCUUAAGGUUUAAAAUGUGAACCUUGCCCCUGGAGCACAGCGCGGGUGUGCGGCUACUUUUUAUCCUGGCAACACUGUAAAUAUUUCUCCCCUGAUGAUGCUUUUGGAAUCUGGAAAUUCACUUGUAAUUAUGUGGUACAGCAUUAAAACAUUUUUCUCAAUAUCCAAAUGAAUGAUGCCUAUUGUUUACCCUCAUUUGCAAGCCCCACUGCCAGGAGGCUAAGUGGCUGCCCAGCUUCAGUCUUUACCUUAGUGGGGUAACCCUUUAAGUGGGUUUUGCUUUGUUUUCCAUUUAUUCCAGUUUCUGUGUGCACAGACAUACAGAAAACACUGCAGGACACACGGGUUCAUAUGCGUCGGCCCAUAUGUGUGCUGGCGCAAGUAUUUAUUAUCAGGAAUAUAUUACACUUAUCUGUACAUCAUAACUGAAAUAAUACAAACUCUUCCUGUAAUCAUUAGCCACAUAGUAAACGGGACCACAGAACUCCUGCUACGUGGGAAACUGUACAGAGGCUCCUCAGCGUGUCCAUGGGACACAACCACCAUCAGUGCAGAGACGUGAAAUACCUGAUUUUGCACUUGAUAGUUUUUCCUUUCCUCCCCCUACCCCUCCUGCCAUCACCACAAGUCUUUGCCAUUGGCGCAGUGCAUCUGCUGAGUUAACCCCUCUGUGCCGGCAGCUGCAGGAGGUGCCAUCCCAGCGGGGCCAAACGGCGCUUUCCUGCAGGAAAACGGAGCUUUCCUCCAGCUCUCCCAGCAGUCUGUGCCUCCUGCUCGCUGACAGCUCUCCUGCCGUCCCCCAGCUGUUAUCUGCUCCCAGUGCCAGUCUCUGGAGCCCCUUCACAGCAGCAGGUUUUAUUGCCGCUGCAGCCUUCUGCAUUGAGUAAAGAUUAACCAAAUCAAAUGGCUUCUUUUUAAAGACAUAGGGGCACAAAACCUUUUUCUGCUUAGUGCUGGCUCUGUACCCUCUCCUGCCGAAGGCCACCCUACCCUGGCAAAUGGAAAGGCCCCCGCAGUGGCUGUGGCAUUUGGGAAGUCUCAAGCUGCCUGAAAGCAAAAGCUUCCCCUUGGUUGCCUUUAAGCAGGGACGGCCAGGGAGCAAGGGCUAGGGAUGUGGCCUCCACACUGCUGGGAAUGCCGAGGUGAUCUUGCAUGGUUAACAGCUCCCUGUCGAGAGCUGGGGUCAGCAGUCUGGCCAUGCACUCGGGGGUCUUCAGCCCCCGGGAACGGCUGCCCCACUCGGGCUGCUCCCUGAGCAACCUGGGCUUUUGCCGCACACCUACUCCGGCACGCAGAGGCAAGGAGGGCCAGAAAGAGGAAGAGCAGGAAAAAGGAAUAACCUUUUUUGGGGGGAAAAAACGUCCGUGUUUCUGGGCUUGCACCAGAAGGAAUCACCCUUCACACACCCAUAGGGAUGAGUUGCUGUGUCCCUUAUGGUCAGGCAAGACUUCCUGCAGCUUUGCUAGCAAUUAGGCAGGCCCUAGAGGCCAUGCCAAGGGAGAAUCCAGUGAGAGGCAGGAUUGGGAGGCAAAAAUUAGAUAAGAAAGGGAUUGGCAAUGAUACCAAAUGAUGGUAGAGCUGGGAUCAGUCCCAUUUUUCCACCAUAAAAGCCCCACUCCCAAUUCACUGCUGGAAGCAUCUCUUGCAUAUGAAUUUAAACCAACAAAGUGAUAAGGAAAGCACCAGAAAUAGAGGGAAAGAAUGAAUAAAUUAAAAAAGGAUGGUCUCAGCCAGCCCAUCCUGGGCUAGUAAUAUGCUCUGGUGUGUUUAGCAUGGAAAAGUUUAGAUUAGCAUCACUGUAACAACUCUGGUUGUAUCAUGUCACCCAUUUUUAAAAAGGGUAAAAAGGAAGACCUUAGAAAUUACCAGCAAGUCAGCCUGGCUAAUCUUGUGUCCUUCUGUGCUGGUGUGACUGCAUUGGUGGAUGAGGGAUGAUACCUGGACUUCUGUAAGGCCUUUGAUACAGUCCCAUACAACAUCCUUGUUGCUAAACUGGAAAGAUACAGGUUUGAUGGAUGGGCAUUGGAUAUGGCAUUGGCUGGAUGGCUGCAGCCAAAGAGUUGUGGUCAACAGCUCAAUGUCCAAAUGGAGAUCAGUAACAAGUGGUGACCCUCAAGGGUCUGUAGUAGGACCAGUAUUAUUUAUUGUCUUAACAACAUAGUGGGAUCAAGAGCACCCUCAGCGGGUUUGCAGGUGACACCAAGCUGAGGGAUGUGGUUGACACACUGGAGGGAAGGGAUGUCAUACAGAAGGACCUGGACAAGCUCAAGAAUUGGGCCCAUGUGAACCUCAUGAAGUUCAACAAGGCCAAGUGCAAGGUCCUGCUCAUGGGUUGGGGCAACCCCUGGUAUCGAUACAGCCUGGGGGAUGAUGAUAUUGAGAGCAGCCUUGCAGAGAAGGACUUGAGGAUACUGGUGGAUGAAAAGCUGGGCAUGACCUAGCAGUGUGCACCUGCAGCCCAGAA